UCGAGACAAAUGACCAACAUCGAGUCGGUGCUCCAAGCCCGGGAGCGACAGCAGCUGCGGCCCCGGCGCCUCUCGACGCCCGUAGCCUACACGAACGAGCUACUCGGCGGGUUUGCGCCCCAUGUCACAUCUCCCAUGCGCCACCUCCAGAGCCAUGCGGCGCUCGUCAAGCGCUUGGUCUGUGACAGCGCCCUGGAUGGCCACAGCGGCUGCGUGAACCGCCUUAGCUGGAACCGCGAUGGAUCGCUCCUUGCAUCAGGCUCGGACGACACGAACGUCGUGCUCUGGGACUUUCAUCGCCGAAAGGCCCGCCAUACAAUUGCAACAGGGCACUCGAUGAACAUCUUUGGCGUGUGUUUUGUGCCUGGUACGAACGACCACGUCGUGGCGUCCGCUGGCAUGGACUGUGAGGUGCGCCUGCACCACGCGCCGUUCCGUCCGCAAGGCUCGGAGCUUCUCGCGAGCCACCGUGGCCGCGUCAAGGACCUUGCAGCGUCCCACCUCGUACCACACGUCUUUUGGAGCGGCGGCGAAGAUGGUGUCGUGCGACAGUUUGACAUUCGCGCGCUCGGCAAUCGCGACGAUGCCCGGAACACGCUCAUAAAUCUCGGUCGCCCGCGCCUCGACGCCCGGCGCCUGCGCGUCAUGGGCCUGAGCGUGCAUCCGACCGAUGCGACCAAGAUGGCGAUAGCGUGCGGCGACCACUACAUCCGCAUCUUCGAUCAACGCAUGCUCCGGAUGAACGACGAGCACGCGUCGCAGCCGCUGCAGCUGCUAACGCCGCCCCACUUGCACUUUGACGCGGAUCUGGAUUCGUUGACGCGGUACCACAUUCGCGAAGCCCAUGGUACAAGCGUCCAGUACAGUCCGGAUGGCAACCAGAUUCUGGCCAACUACCACAACGACCACAUCUACCUCUUUGACGUGAACGAGCGUACGGCGUUUGAACCACUCGAGCCAGUGUGGACGCAUGGUAUGCACCUGGAUGCGUGGGCGUACGACAAACCGGCGCCGUCCGAGCCGCUAAACGAUUUACUUGACCUCGCCGAGAAAUGCAUCGAGUGGUCCAAGCCGUCGGCAGCACUCGAGAUCCUGCGCGCGUUGCGCCCGCCGAGCUGGCAAGACGACACGAUUGUCCUUCGGCUCUGGACGACUCUGGCGCGGGCGUACAUUGGGCGAGCAUGGCGCGGCGAUGGUUUCCUCGCGCUGCAGUACGUCCUCCGAUGCCUCCAGCGAACGCCAACGCCGACGGACGACCUUCGUCUCAUCUACAUCCAAGCACUCUCGGCCAGUGGCCGGCAGCGGGCUAGUCGUCGAGAGGCCCAGCGCCUCUUGCACAUUGCGCCGUCGCUGGCAGAAAAGCUGGCUCCGUUUUUGCUCAAGCGCCGACGCCCAAGCGUCGAGUCUUCUCUCGCAGACGAGGACGACGAGGACGACGAGGACGACGAUGAUGAUGACGACGAGGAUGACGACGAGGACGAUGAUGAUCAAGGUGAUAGUGAUGAUCAAAAUGAUGACGAGGAUGACGAGGAUGUCGAUGCUGAAACUGGGAGCAUGGACGAAAGCGAUGCGACAGAAGGUGGAUCGUCGUCGUCAGCGCCGUCGAGUGUUCGGCUGUCGAUCGAGAGCGCGGACGGAGGUGCUGCACCCAUCGAUUGGGGCAAUUGCCACCUCGCCGACGCCACGGAUGUCGCACUGCACGUCCUUCGGCGAUACAUUGGCUACUGCAACCUCCACACGGACAUCAAGGAGGCCACGUUCUUUGGCGACGAGCACAUCGUGGCCGGGAGCGACGACGGGUACGCGUACAUUUGGGACCGCGCGACGGGCUGCCUCGCGAACGCACUCAAGGCUGACGAAGACAUUGUCAACUGCGUGCAGGGCCACCCGCUGCAGCCCGUGCUCGCGACAAGCGGCAUCGAGAACGUCGUCCGGCUGUGGUCUCCAGUCGCAGACGUCGAUGUGUCGGCGACGGAAGACGAGUUGGACGCACUCGUGGCUGCAAACCAGCAGCAAAUGCAACAAGAAGCAACGUUUCACGAGCGGCACCGCCACGCUGCCCGCGUCACUCGCAUCAUGGAGAACCCCAACUUGUUGCGGAUGCUCUUGACGGGCCAGCCGACGGAGGGUGCGUCCGGUGCGAUUCCGCAGUGUGCCCAGAGUUGAUUAGCCGACGCCAUGGCGAGUUCAUAUACCUGUUCAAUGCUAACCCUAUUUUGCAUGCUCUCCCGCCUGAUAGCAACACAACACGUCGUUUGAACCAAGG